AUCUGCCAAAUCUUCACGUGCCUUUCUUAUGCUCCUUCUGUCAAGCUCUGUGCUUUAAUUUGUUUGUUUGUUUGUUUUCUCUUCUGAAAACCUUAUCCGAUUAUUCUGCUGUUUUGGCUUUUAGGUCUCUCUUCAGCCAGGCCGUUAAAACAUAUAUAUCUCUAUCAAAAAGGAGUCGUUUUGUUCGUUGGUUGACAAAGAAAGCACACUACUCUGAUCUAUUAAUACCGUAUAUUAAUUACUACUACUGAUUUAUUAGAACUAGCUAUACAACAACUUCUGCUAUUCCUACAUUCCUAUUCCUAUUCCACCCAAAUUAUAGAAAAACUAAUGGACAACAAGAAGCAGGUUGGUGGUCAUGGUUCCUCUUCAUUGGAUCAUCUUUUUGGGCCCAAAGACUCUUCAACUUCUUCCUCAACUGGCUUGUUUGGCUCUAUUUUCCCACCUCCAUCAACGGUGCUUGGAAAAGAGAAGAAACGGGAUCAUGGAAAUCAAGCUGGAGGUGGGAAGUACGAAAGACCAGAUAAUGUGGCUCAAAGUAGAAAAGGUGAAAGUAGUGGCGUGACAAGCAAAGAUUCCAGUUCCAUCUAUCAAAAUGAAACAGUUGAGCCCUGUUAUUUCAAUUCAUCCAUCUACUAUGGUGGCCAAGAAAAUUAUUCUCCCAGGACUACAAGGACCACUACUCAUGAAUCUCAACAUACCUUCAAGAAAGAUGGAUCCGACGACGACUCAAAUGGAAAUAAUUCCAAUAGUGUUUCAAGGGGAAAUUGGUGGCAGGGUUCUCUUUAUUACUGACACCUAGCAGUAACACGUGAUCAAUCACCACUUGUAACUAGCUAGGAAUUGUCUACGUACGAAUGAUACUAAUCGCAAUAAGAUGAUGAAGUAGCACGUAGAACAGCAUAUGGUAGAGCUAAUAGUGCUAGCUAUAUAUAUAUAUAGAAGAGUAAUAUUAUCGAAUAUGGAUCUCUCUAUAGUAUAGGGCUUGAAGGAACGUGUAUUUAUUUAUUGGGUUCUUUUUGUUCCCACUAAUAUGUACUUACCUUGACCAAGCUGUCCUAUAUAUAUAUUUACAAAUAAAAAAAAAUUAAUAAAUGUUUUGUUCAGCGAAGUAUAUGUAAUAUUCCCUCUACGAGGAGAGUACUUAAUAUUGCUUCUUGUUGUGAGAAACCUUAUUUCUAGGACUAACGCACUUGUUUAUUGUAGAAUAUGAUUUCAGUUGGAAUUGUUUUAUCACUCCAA